AUGGCGUCUAUAACGACACAAGAGGUACUUCGGUAUCCUAAACUUUCAGUCGAAGUCCUCCCAUUCCCGGAUGUUGAGCGCAUCUUCCACCUCACCAGGGCAGAGAACACGGACUGGGCACAGCUUCGGGCUCCAUUUGAGCUUGCAGACCACUGCAAAAUCGUCCUGAAAAUGGUUGACGCUGCCAUUUCUAGAUCAAAUGGAAGACCUGAAAUGGCUGUGAAACUUCGCCUGGGUAUUCUACUUGAUGCUGUCCAUGCUACUCCCCCGAACCCAGAGUCUCCGGAUUCAACUCCAAUCCCCAUCUCAUCCAAGUGCCCAUUUCUAUUCGGCCCGGUUGUCUACAACGAAAAAGUGCAUUGUCUCCAAGGGACCCCUGAUUGGUUUCUUUGGUAUGGUCCGGACGGGGAUAAAGGGAAGGAAAACGUGGCCAUCAACCUGGUUAUCCUCGAAGCAGAGCAUGGCCAAUCUGCCAACGGCGUGCGCCAGACUCUUGCGUAUAUGAGCAAGUGA